AUGCACCUCAAGGUCAGGCCGAACUUGAACCAUUUUUUAGAGACCCUGCGCGUCAAGUUUAACUUGCACAUUUAUACAAUGGGCAGCCGCUUGUACGCCGAUCGCGUCGCAAAGCUCAUUGACCCCGACAAUCGCUUUUUUGGCGGCCGCAUUACAAGCCGCGAGGAUUUUCCGGAGGGCAACUGCAACCAGAAAAAUAUCCAGCGCCUCUUUCCGUGCGACGACUCCAUGGCCCUCAUAGUUGACGACAGGGAGGAUGUGUGGCUCUCCGAUUCCACCCAACCUUAUAUGCCCAACUUGCUUCGUGCACAGCCCUACCAUUUCUGGGUUGGCAUGCAUGAGGCAUACGAUCGCGUCGCCCCACCAGAGCACCACAACCCAACUGCACACCAACUUGCGGACAAGCCCAGCGGGGGAAGUACGGACAAUACUCAACAACCCCCUGCUGUUCAAGGCACACUAACCACUAACUCUGACAACACCACCACCAUUGGUAACGGCAACGACAUUUCCAAUCACCGACACGCCAACCUUGAUAGCCCUGCCAACGACUCUCCAUUCCAACCAACUGGCCUCAAGGUCCAGCAACCGGAGGAAGCGGAUGCUAGACACGCUGAGGGCGGCAUGGAAUCACCCAAUUAUUCGAAUGACGUUGCAAAGAACAGCCCCACUGCGCCUGAAGAUACGGCCAUCACCGUGCUAUCACCGCCGCAACUUGAAUUAAGGCCCUCACAAACCGUUGGCCCUUCCGAAGGGACUGUCGGAGCUGCAACGAGCGAGCCUGAAAAGCAACUCUCCGCAACAAAUAUACAUGAAACUGAUAGAACAAAUGCUCACGACCACGAGACAAAAGAAAGUGAGCAGGAGAAUGGCGAUACGUCGGCCCGUAGCAUUAAACCUGAUGGGCACUCAGGCGAAGCGACGAAUGUGGAGAAAUUCCGUAGCAUUGCCAAAGGUUGGUGGGAAACUGACUCAUCUCCAAAGUCAAGAUCCCACCUCCUGCGACUGGCACAGGUCCUCGAAGACUGCCAUAAAGAAUUUUUCGAUAGAUGCAAAUCGCGAAAGGCCCACAACGGAGUUGAGGCACAGUCAGCGGGCCAGCAGUUUCAAUCACCGGCAGACGUAAAAGACAUUCUCUCUGAAUUUCGCAAGAAAGUGCUAGCGGGUUGUGUUCUCACCUUCAGUGGAUUGAAACCGAGGAAAGAUGCCCCCGAAACAGUUCCGGAAUGGAAUCUUGCUCUUCGCCUGGGGGCCUCUUGCUCUUCGGAAUUCGUCCACGGGAGAACAACGCACGUUAUCACUUCUCUAAAACGAGUGCCGGACACGCAAAAGUGCAUGGACGCAAUGCAUUCCGGAACUGCAUAUGUAGUCACAACGGACUGGGUCGAGGACUGUGCACUCAAUUUUGAACGACAGAACGAGCUUGCCUAUUGCGAAAGCGCACAGCAGAUGUUUGACGAUGGAGAAAAGUUCCGCGAUUAUGUGGAAACACGGCGCGAGAAGGCUGCGCAGGCUUUGAGAAAGCGGGGAAGAGAAGAAUUAGAUGAGAUUUAUGGAAACGAGGUUGUCGGAACUAUUCCGUGGAAGAAAUCUCGGGUAUCGGAAGAGAUGGAUGUCAUGGAUGAUACUGGAUUGGAGGGAACAAACGGCACCGCCGCAGUUCGCAUCCUAUCGCAUGAUGAAAUCGGAGAAGUUAUGGAAGAUCUUUUUGUGGAGUAA